UGGUCUCAAAGAUUAUCCAUCGCUUUACAAACAGCCAAAGGCAUCAACUAUUUGCAUAUGUUACAACCACCCAUCUUACAUUGUGACAUCAAGUCGUUAAAUCUUUUGUUAGAGAGAUCGUAUGAAGGUUACAUCGUGAAAGUGUGUGACUUUGGUUUAGCUCAAACACGAAAUGAAACAUCACGGCAAUCCCUAUUGACUCAUGUGUUACCUUGUACAUUGCAGUGGACUGCUCCUGAAAUACUGCGUUUAAAAAAGCACACUGAUAAAAGUGAUGUUUACAACUUAGGAAUAGUAUAUUGGGAACUAGCUGCAAAUGAAAUACCUUAUGAUGAACACCAAAAUGCCGUCAUUCGUGAAUUUGUACUUUCUGGCGACUGCUUGGAAAUACCCAAGACCACACCAUCGAACUUUUCUGUCCUGAUCAAAAAGUGUUGGGCCAACGAUCCCAACGAUCGGCCCAAUUGCUCUCAACUGAUCGAAGUCAUUGAAGAAUGUAUCACAAAGCAAAGUAAUAUCGUUUUUUUGCUCUGCUUUGCAGAAAUAGGGUGAAUAGAUACGAAGCGUGUAAAAAUAGGAUAACUAAGUAGAUUGUUUUACAAUACUCAGUUACAAUAGAUUUGUUAAAGUGCUUGAAUGAGAACAAUAAACGAGAUAGACCAGUAGUAUCAAACUUGAAGACUGAAUUCAAUUAUUGUUCCACUGUUCACAUAUUCAACUAAUCAGCACUGCUUUUCUUUCGUGUUAAGACUUUGUAGCUUCUUCAGCAAGCCGGAUGCCCUGUGAAAUUAUCUUCGUGAAAUACUUGUAUAGUCGAAUUCACUGUUUAUAUAUUUCAAUACUUAAAUUUUAACUUUUCAAGUUUCAGCUUUUAAGUCUUCACAUGUGUGAAGAAGAUGAUAAACACAGAUCAUGUCUACAAACUUGAAAGUUAAAUUCAAUUAAACUUUCAACCAUACCCAGAUUUCUCUCGAUAUGAGUGCCAUAGAAAAAUAGACGAUUGAAAAUUGAAUUUUGACUUGAGUGUAACUUUCAAGUUUCACGCUACUGAUUUUUCCUCUAAUGCAUUUUCAAUUAACCAUAUUAAAGAACGACUCUAAAUUGUGAAUAAUACAGUUUUAUCUCUGCUGAACUGAAUUUGCUUCUUUUUUUCUACUGAAAUAAUUGCUUUACGAUACAAAAAUAAGGGUAAGUGAGAAGUCAAACAAUAGAUAUUGGUCACUCAGGACAUCCGAAAGAAGGAAAAGCUGAAGUUUUGAUUGCGAUUGAUUGUUUUCAUCUUUUCUCUAUGAGAUCAUCGAUUCGAGUUGUUUAUAACAACUUCAUGCACUCUAAUUCUUAUUAGCAGGCUGAUAAUCUUAUGUUUUCGUCUGUAAAUUGAUCCAUUUCAAAGUAAAUUUCAGGAAAUGCAAAAUUUUGAUUGUAUUCUAUUCUUCAAUAAUAUUUUUUUUUAAAAUUCAAAUUAUAGAUAAAAUUCAGUAUAUGAUCAACAGUCACUUUUUAUUUGAUAAAACUUCUGUAGUUGCUCUUAUUCUUAUUUCCUAGACUAUCUAGAAAUCAUUGAUCCUGAUUAAGUAUCGAAAACUAAAUAGAAAAAUAUGAUUUAAUUCAGUUUAAAACUAACAAAAAUUAAAAAAAUUCUGUCCGAUCAAGAUCCCCUGAGGAUAGAUCUUCUGGACGAAAUUGUUUUCACUUGUCAUUAUGUUCUAUAUUGUAUCGUUUAGUCGCCAAAUGAUCACUAAAGUUUCUCGCUCUUUCGGUACUAACUAACUAUUUACUAACGUAGACAUGAAUAGAUUGAUAGAAUGCUCCAUUUGUUAACUAUAUCUCGGUUUUGAGGACCUAAGGACUAUUUUCCUGUUUGGACGUGAGUGUGAGUGAUGUGGAAAUCUGUUAAACAGUACAACAAUUGAUUAUUCUUAAUGUUCGCUAGUUGAAAGUUCGAAUAUUUGAUAAGCUAAAAAGGAAUUUUAUACUCAUUUUCACUUCUUACAUCAGUAUAUAAAUCUAAGAAGCCAUGAAGAUCAGAUACUUCGGUCACACCUGUUUAAUUCUACACUGCUCACAUAAAUCAAUGAUACAAGAAAACUAGAUUAGAAAUCUUAGAGAACGAUCACUAAUUAGCGGAUGUACAUAAAUUUUCACACAAAAGAGGAGAUGCAUUUUUGAUCAUACAGCAACGAAAACUGUGUUAGAAUCGAUAGUGCCGGUAAACUAAUAGUUUCUCUUCUUAGUCAAUAUUAAUUCGAGAAAUAUUUCACUUAAGUAAAGUACUCAAGUUAUCAUCUGUAAUAAAAAUUGACAUGAGAUCAAGCGGAUGUCGUAUAGAAUACAAGAAUAAAUAAGUUAAACUGAUAUGAAAAAAGACGUAAGAUGAUAUCAGAAGACUCUAAAUCACUACAAAGGAAACAUAUAUUUCUCUGAUCUACGGUAUCUAUGCACUACAAUUCCAAUAUCAAAUUAAAAAUAUUAAAUCAAGGGGAAACGAACUAAUUUCUAUUCUGGAAAUGAUUAGACAUCAUUAGAAGUCACCAAAAAUCAUAACAAUGCCGUAAGGAUACGAGUAAUAUCUGUAAAUAGUUCAUAAUUAUAGAAAACCAUUAGAAAUGAAUGAAAAAUUACUCUAAAUUAUAGAAAAUCUCUAGUAAUUAGGCUAAAAUUAAAGUCCUGCACGGUGAACUGAUAAAAACUGAUUUCCAAUGAUAAAAAGUCACUAGAAAUCAUCAAACAGUGAAGCGAUGUUGCAGUUUAUCGAAAAUGAUACAACAAGGCUAUUAUAAAAAGAAUGAUGAUCUUUUAUUGCAGAUGCUUCGAUCAAGGUUGCAUCGGUCGUAAAUGAAGCAAGAAGAAAAAAUUUCAGCAGAGUUCGAAAUGAUGCAGCUGCAGUAGGCGACAUCAGUAUCGUACACACUGAAGCCAGCUCUAUUGCUUCACAGAUAUCGACCAUAGAAAUCAACCGUCGAUUUUCAAUGGAACUUGCUUAUUUAAUGAGUUUUCAACGUGUUCUUGUACCAUUUUGUAAUUCACCGGUUUGUAUUGCAUGUUCAUCUCAUGGACAAAAUAUAAAAUGUUCCAAUCCACCAACAGCAGAUAAUCGAUUAUCAUAUGUGGACUAUGAUGAUCAACGUGAUUUAACGUCUAAAUUAUUCCAAUGGCAAUGCCCACGAUGUACAUUUCUUAACAAUGAUUCAUUUCGCAUAUGUGAAAUGUGUUCAUGUGAAAAAGGUUCUUAG